GUUUAAUGUGACCAUUGAAGCGAAUGUUGCAACCACUGGGUGGUGGUAGCCGUCGUCCUCAGUACAGUGCCUGCCGUUGGACGGAACUAGUGUAGUGAAGUGAAUGGUGUUCGCUGGAUUUUAGUGUUGCGAAAAUGAAGCUUUUUUGGUGCUGCCUUCUCGCAGCAUUGGCGACAGUUUCGGGGGCUGCACUUGAUGUAGAGAAGACAGUCAAACAAGUCCAAAGUAUAUUACAAUCAAAUCAGCUCUUACCACGACUGACUAGAGAUGAAAUUCUUCAAUUACUAAACGACAUAAGAGCUGAAGAUGCCAAAUCGUCAUCAACUUCAACAUCAAUAGAAUCCAAAGAAGAUAAGAAAGAAAAAACCACCACACCUUACAGUACAAUCGAAAAUGAGAUAAAUCCGCAGGAAACAAACUUAAAGAAUAAUAUUUCUGAUGAUGAUAAAAAUGUGAAAGUAUCAUCAUCAGCACCCACGAUAGUUGAAACGACCACAAAAAAAGCUGAACCAACAUUGAUGGUGGUCCUUCCUUAUACUCCAAGGGAUGGGUCAUCAUUGCAAGAGUUAUAUACUAGACCACCUCGUACUGAAGUGGUUGCAUUACCAAGCACAACUCCUAAGCCCAAAACGUCGAAACCUAACCAUAACACUGUUAAACCAAAAUAUGAGCUACCUGACAAGCUUAUUGAUAAUUUUCCUGAUGAAUUACAGGCUUUCCUAGAUGCUCACGGACUUAAAGGUAAGCCAGGGCAAGAUCAUUUUCUACUACCCCUUGAAGGAUUCAAACCAUUGCCACCUCCAAAAGUUAUAGACGGCACAGUUCAACUGCCUGAAAAUAUUUUACUAACUUAUGACCUGAUAUCACCUAGCAGUGAUGCGAAAACCAAAAAUGAUAAUACAUAUUCCUUAUCACCAAACAACUUUUUGUAUGAACCUCUCCGACCUGAAUUACCAUUUGAAUUGGACACAUCAUCAUCAGAAACAAAAGAGGUCAGCUUACCAUACGAUAUGCCAGUCAGGAAAACGAAAUCAGUACCCACACCGAAUUACGAACCAAUAGAUUACGAUUCUGUAAAAGUGAUACCAUUGAACAAAGGAAUCAAUCCAAUUAAUGAGCAAAUAAGUACGAGUAACGAACAAAAUAAAAGACAAGCAGAUGGAACUACUACUGAGAAAUCGGAAACUUCUUCUACGACGACAACAACUACUACUGAAGAACCCAAGACGAAUGCUGUGAGUGAUUCAUCAGUAUCAGCUGAUGACUCAGGAGCUUCAAUAGCUGAUCUAGAAGAUUCUUUUGGAGGAGCCGCUCCCGCCGUACCAGGGGACUCAGAGCUACCACCGCCAAGAAAGAAUGGCUUCUACUGGAUGCUUGACUGGAACAGUUUCUUAGAAGUCGGUGACGGAGACACGAAAGUAAACAUUCGUUUUGAACCCAAAUUAGGAGAUCCUCAAAUGUUUUUACCAGUAACAGUACCAUGAGUAAAUAAUUGAAGAUAAAUUGUAAUAUUUAUGAGUUCUAGUCUUUUGGUUAGUGUUAGAAGGCCAAGUGUUUUUGUAAAGUAAUUUUGAAAUGGUGUGGUUAUUUGUAACACUUAAUGGCUGUUACUUGGAGAUAUAUUUACUGGAGGUAAUUAGUAAUAUUGGGUGCAUAACGAGUGAAAUUCACAGAACUCGAACAUUAGCUAAUUAGACUAUUAUUAAAUGUCUUGUGUUGUAAGAACAUUCCAUAAGUGACCUGGGUUUCGAUUUACUAACUUAACGAGGCAGAAACGAUGAAGCAAGUACUGGAUGAAAUAUACCAAAAUUACUUGCUUUUCCUCAUAAUUGGAUACUUUUACAUCAAAAGCGAUAGAACAAGGAAGUUAGAAAUGUCGUUUAUGAAGCUGAAAGAGCAAAAUGUCUACGUAGUAAAUUAGCAUUGGGGUUGUAGUAAAAUU